CAGUCCCGAUUUACUAUAAUCGUCGACAUGGCGGAUCAACAGCUGUAUGAGGUUGAACAAAUUCUUGGUAAGAAGGUUUUGCCUAGUAGACGUGUUCUGUAUCUAGUACGUUGGCGAGGAUUCUCUUCAGACCAUGAUUCCUGGGAACCAUACCAAAACCUUGAUGCCUGUAGGCCACUUAUUAAUAUUUUCAAUCAACACAUUGAAGAUACCCAAGGAAUAGCAGCCUUAAAUAAAUCUCAAAUUAUAUUAAAACCUGCAGAUGUUGAUAAAACUGUUCAUUCAAAACAUACACAUUUAAAAUAUUCAGCAAUAAAACGGAGUUACACGAAAAAAGAUAAAAGUACUCCAAAAUUGUCUGUGUCUGCAGGAAAGAAAGUAGAUGGUCGUAAAAAGCAAAGUAAGUUAAAAAUGAACACUACUAGUUCAAAAUCUGAAAUGAGCAAGACUGAGUCUCUCAAUGGAGGUGGGGGUGCACUGCAACCCUCAGAGAACACACCUGUCACAGAAUCACCUAAAAAGAAAAACAAUAUCCGUAAAAGAAAACUGGAUUUAGAUAAUACUGAUAAAUCAGUAGUCAAAAACAAAAAAUCAAAGCUGUCAAUAAGUAGCUCAACCCUAAAUAAUAAAACAGAACACAGUGGGCUUUUCAUAAAGGAAAAUGUUUUAGAAGAUGAUAGCGAUGAUGACAUUCUUUAUUCCCUUAAUUCUGACUGUGAUAGUUUUAAACACGCUGAUAAGAAUGAAAAGUCAAAAUACAAAUUGGAUUCAAAAGGGAAGUUUAAGACAAAGAAGACAAGAGAAAAGCUCCAAUCAUCUGUGAUAAAAAGGAGGUCCCCAAAACUCACUCACAUGAAGGAUCUCAAGGUUGGCAGCAAAAGAAAGAAAAUGUUUCUAAUAGACUCUAAAAAAAAAGAUAAAGACUUCUUUUCUCAAUCAGGUAUUUUUCGAUCUGUAUCACCUCCACCCAUGUUCACUACAGUUAAGCAUUUGAUGAGUGGCCAAGAAGCAAAGGAAGUGUCUGUACUCUCUGGUGAAUCUUUACUUGACCCUGUUUCUGCUGAAGAUUCUGAAACUUAUCUAGCAGAUGUCCCUACAUCAUAUCCAGUCCCUGCAGAGGAGCCUGUUGUUAAUGACCAAUCUUUGAGUUCUGGUUCCUUGUCAUACAAAUCAUUACUCAGUUGUCUCCCACAUGAACUCCACUUAUCUCACAAAGAUGGGAAAAAGAGUAAAAAUGGAGGCAGUAAUGGGGAAAGUGCAAGUAGUAGCCAUUUAAAUGUUCCCUCAACACUUGGACAAGAGCCAGUCGAAAGGCGGACAAGCAUACGAUCUACAGAAUGUGCAUUUCGUUACAAGCAAAUAGUUGUAAAGAAAUGUUUACGUUACACACAAAUUUGGUUAAACACUCAGACUGUGAUGCAAAAUGCUUUGAAUCCUCAGGUUAUACAAGAAGUUGUUUCUGCAUUGAAUUCAGCCAAAUAUGAUGACAGCCAUUUAGUUUUGUUUUCUAGUUUAGGGAAUGUUUUCUGUUCUGGUACUGAUCUUCAUUUCUUAGUGUCAGGUGAUCGGAAAAUGUCAGCAAGACAAAUGACAGAUGCCAUACGUGAACUGACCAAAACGUUUAUAACAUUCCCUAAACCCAUCAUUGCCGCAGUAUCAGGUGCUGUUGUUGGACUUGGAGUCUCCCUGAUUGCUCUGUGUGAUGUUGUGUAUGCCAGUGAUAAGGCAUCUUUCCAUCUACCUUACUCACAACUGUCACAAACACCAGAGGGCUGCUCAUCUUUUACUCUCCCCCUCACAGUUGGAUUGCCCUCUGCAAACGAGUUGUUGUAUGGAGGUAGGAAAAUAACUGCUAUGGAAGCAUACCAACAAGGACUAAUAUCUCAAGUUUUUUGGCCAACACUUAUGAUGCAGGAAGUUAUUCCAAGAGCUCAAAACAUGGCCACUUGCUCUGCAAAGGCACUAGAAGCAACAAAACUUCUGGUACGCAGUCACCAUCGUACAAAAAUGGAGCUAACAAAUGAAACAGAGUGCAAUCUUUUAUUAGAGAGGUGGACAUCUGUUGACUGUCAGCGUGCAAUUGAAGCCUACCUGAGCAAUGAGAAAAAUUUAUCUUUCUAAUGUUAUGCUUUCAUUGUGUAGCAUUUUUAACCAUGGAAAUGUAAUUUUAGAGCAUUUUAUUUUAAGCCAAUUCAUUUCCGGGACUAAUUAAAAACAUUGCAUGUUUAUUUCUGUAUGAACAUCAGAUCAUACAUAUCAUUUUUUUUAUUUGGCUCGACAACUUGAAUUUUUGGAGAGUAUGCUAGAUAUUUGAAGCGUGAAUCAAAUUUAUUUUUAAAAUAUAUAGAAACUUAAGAUCUAAUUUUUUGGAUAAUCUGAAUGAUAGAAGAAACAUAAGAGGAUUAUUGUAAUGCUGAAGUUAAACAAAUAAUUUACACAUGUGAAUGGGUGUCAGCCAUUGGCUGCAUGAAUAAUAAAAUGUGUUUUGUUAGCAUUUGUAAAUAAGAAUGCAUGAAUACAUUUUGUCUAAACAUUUUUGUAAUUUAUAAUUUUGUUAUUAACAAUUAAUACAUUUUUCUUUAUUUGGAAAAUGUUAAGCAAAGAAAUAUUCUUAUUUUAACUAGAGACUUUUCCUUUAUUCAAACUUUUUACUGUUGUAUUAUCUUAAAGUUGUAUUAACGAUAAAUGAACCACACCCUUCCAGAAUUCUGGUUUACAUAGUUUAAAAUGUUUUGAUAAUAGUAGUAAUUCAACCAUAUUUUAUUUGUAUUUAGUAGUAAUAUAUAACUACUCAGUUCUAAAGGUAGGUUAUAAUUUUCCCGUCCUUUUCAUUAACUUGGUUUCUUCGUGUUUAAUUUUUUUCAUGGCUUAUGAGGGAACUGUCAGGUUAUGAUUUUCAUAUGAUGAUUUUACAUUGGACUAUAACUUUCAUUGUAUUACAUCUUAAUUAUAAUAGGAAGUAACUUGUAUGAAGCUAAAUGGCAUACUUAACAUGAUGUAUGACUUAUUUCUCUCAAGGCGUAAUUUAAUAGUGAAAUUUUAAAAAUUCUCCAUUUUAUAGCCAUUAUUUAUUGAAAAGUAAAGUGUUGUCGGCAAUGGUUUGUGUUCUAGAAGUGCCUUGGAUUUAUAAAGUAGUGUUGACAGUUAUGUGAAAGCCUUUUAAUAACAUGUGAUAGUCCUCUUAAAUAGUUCAAAUUUAUAGAUUUUUUUACCACAUAAUAACUAGAAUAAAUAAGCAUUUUACUGGCUUCAAUUUACAACUAAUGUUAUUGGCUUUAAUAGUUUUACCUGAUUGCGUUUAUUACAGAUUACUUGUAUGAUUUUUAAACAAUUUUUAGCAAAUACUUUUAAACUAACCGUAAUUCUAAACACAAACAGGGCUUUAGCCAAGUGACUUGGUUUUAGCUUAUACUAUUUUUAUACAUUUAUUAGCAUUAUUUAUAUGCGGAUGGUAAGUUAUUUACUUUUGUUCUUUAAGUUUAUUUAUACUUCAUGUUGAGAAAAUUUUUAAAAGCCUCUAUAUUUAACAUUUGUAGCCAUUAAAUUUUUAAAAAUUAGAACAGUUUCAACAUGAAAUCAAUUUUUAAACAUUCUUUGUCAAAUUAUGCAUAUUUUAUUAUCAGAAAAGGUGUGUAAUUUCUCAGUAACAGUAAUAUUCUACACAUCAAAGAUAUGUAAUUUUAUGCACAAUGUAAUCUGAAGAUGGAUCUGAUGGUUGUAAAUAGUGUCAGUAUUUACCUAGAUCUAAUGUAUUUAGUAUUUAUAAUUCAUACCCUAAAAAUGCAUUCCUGUUUUUUAGUAUUAGUAAUUUGUUUAAUUAAGUAGCUACUAUAAACUUAUGGAAUAUUGGUGGCACCUUUUCAUGAAUGACAAUUUUAUGCUAUUUGAUUAGCAAAUUGAUCUAAUUUUUGGUUGCCCUCAUUUGUAGACUAACAAAAGAUACUUGAUUAACCCUGAAUUUGUAGUAAAGUGUUGGAUUACUUUCAAUAUGCUUUUAAAAAGACCAAUUCACAUGUUUUUACUAUUAUUGUCCUCACAAAAUAAAAGCUCUUUUUAAAUAAUUUUUUAGCUUAACUCAUAUUCAGUUGGCAGCUUUGUAUAUGAUAAAAGCAGCAAGCAUUUAAAAAAAUGAACCUCAUUCCUAAAGGUUAUACAAUUGAUGACAUGAUUGUAAUUUUUUCUCAAGCUCAGCCUGUCACCAGUCAAGUGGUGACAAUAAUUGGCCAUCUAGCACUUUGCUCCACUUCCAGUAAUAAAUUUGUUUUUACGUGUGAUUCUCACCCUUUUGCCUGUUGUUUUCAUAUCAGUAUUUAUUUGAAUUGUUCCUUAUAACAAAUCUUGUUGCAGUUAUAAUUGCAAAUUAGUGAAUAGAUUAGAUGGAUACUUGUAUGUGUAUGGCAAAGUGAUCUAUUUAGAUUGCAAGUCUAUGGAGUUUGUAAAAGCAUUUAAUUGUAAUGCCAUGUUUACUUUAUACACAAGUAGUGUUGGUUGUAUAAAAUAUUACUGUGCAUUUAUAAGAUUUUUUAGUCUUGAAGCAUCUUCAUUUUUGUUUGAUUGCUCCUAAACCGUGUCAUUUAUAGCUGAAAUUGUGUACAAAAUAUUCUUGCCAUUACCAGUGGUUAUUUGUCAUAAAGAAAAUAUGUCACAGUUGCUUGUACUGAAUAAACCUGAAAGUAGGAAUUGGA